UUUUGUAAGUACCUUAUACAGUAGUAGGCUAUAUCCUGUGCAGAAGAACUGGCGCUUGUGCAGAUCAGGGAGAGCGUGCGCGUCCCACAUAACCUCAUUUGAACUUGGUGUUUGCUACCCGGCUGUUGAUGUUGCCAUGGCGAACAGUAUGAACUGCAAAUACUGCCGGGAGGACCUGAGUGGGAAGAAGUACGUUAAACAGGAGGAGAAGCCUGUCUGUGUCCGAUGCCAUGACAAGUUCUGUGCCAACAACUGCACUGAGUGCCGCCGUCCUAUUGGCAUCGACUCCAAGGAGUUGCAACAUAAAGGCCGUUAUUGGCACGCAGACUGCUUUCGCUGCUACAAGUGCUACAAGCCAUUAGCCAAGGAGUCCUUCAGUGCUAAGGAUGACCGCAUCAUGUGUGGGAAGUGCAGCUCCCGGGAGGAUGCCCCUCGUUGUCACGCCUGCUACAAAGCCAUUCUAGCCGGCUCUGAGAAUGUGGAGUAUAAAGGCAAUGUGUGGCAUGAGGACUGCUUCACCUGUUACCAGUGUAAAAAACCCAUCCGCUCCCAAAGCUUCCUGACCAAAGGCACUGACAUCUACUGUGGCCCUUGCCAUGAGAAGAAGUUUGCUAAGACCUGUGUCAGCUGUAAGCAGGCCAUCACCUCCGGGGGAGUGAACUACCAGGAGCAGCCAUGGCACUCAGAAUGUUUCGUCUGCAGCUCCUGCCGAAAGCCUCUGUCUGGGACCCGCUUCACCUCCCACGAGGAGAAGGCUUUCUGUGUGGACUGCUACAAGACUACUGUAGCCAAGAAAUGCAGCGGCUGCCAGAACCCCAUAACAGGCUUCGGCAAAGCCACCAAUGUGGUGAACUACGAGGGCAGCUCGUGGCAUGAGUACUGCUUCAACUGCAAGAAGUGUUCCCUGAGCCUGGCUAACAAGCGCUUUGUGGCCAACGGAGGGAACAUCUUCUGCUCCGACUGUGCCAAGGUCUGAGGCGAACUUGGAACAGAAGCAGUGGGUCUGCCGUGCCAGCUUUUCAGGGUGUGAAGCUGAAAGCAAUUGUUUUACUUUUCAUUUUACAGCGAUAGCGAGGGAUUCAAAUAUUCUGAUGAAAUCUGUGGAUUCAGUGGGGUAAUCGAGUUUUUUCCUAAAGAUUGGGGUCAUGUUCUAUAGGAGACAUUUCAACCCUGGGGAACAUCAUAACCGUAGCUGUUAAUUCAAAGGUCUUAAAGGGGAAAACAGUGUCCCAGAGAGAUUGCUUAGCUAAUAGUUAUUGUGAUGGGUAACUAUAAGCACUUUUAAUGUGUCACUUACCGCGCACAAAGCCAAUGAAAAUAUAUGAAAAUCCAAUAUAAUGAACUGCAUGUCUGGUGUCUUGCAUUUGUGGAUCUGUAAUCAGCAAUAAACAAAUAUAUUUCCACAAA